AUGGAAUCCCGUUCGCAAAUAUUCAAAGCCCUCAGUGAACCGGACAAUCUAUUUCUCCUUUCUCGUACAGCCGUAGAUGAUCAGCACUGCUCCAGUGGCUCUUCUUCCGCCUCCCUUCUUCCUCUCGAUUCCCAGUCCCCCUUUCCUAACGACCAUUUGACCCGGCGAAUCCACUCAGCUGGUCAGCUAACUGUAAAGGCCCACGUCCCAUAUUCCGCCGUAGUUCACCACUGUGCAUUCCGCCCUCCUGUUCUUUCAUCAAGCGAUCAUCUCUCCGAUUCAUCCAGUGCCAGUGAUGACGAUGAAGGCAACGAUGUAAAUGAUGUUUCUGCAAACCUGCAGUACGAGCGCUUCGGUGAAAGUCCUCUUAGAGGAGACACCCUCUCUGAUCACCCCCACCUCGAAUACAUGAUGCUUACGUCGAUACCUCGGCGACGAGAGUUUUCCGAGCAGUUUCGUGAUUUGGCGCAGCUCCAUCAGCAAGCCGAUGUGCCGCGUGCCAAAUGGGAAGACGCAUCUCGCCUCUUUCCUAAACAAUUUGGUCUUCCGUCUUCUGUAGCAAUCAAUAUUUGGAAACAGGUUGAUAGCGACGCUGACAUGAUGCUCACCGAAGCCGAGUACUGCUUGGCAGCCCAUCUAGCCAACAAGUACGCCUCCACAGGUUUCAGUCUUCUCUCCUCGCAAUACCCGAUGCAGGAGAAACAAUCACCCUCACCUUUAUUGCAACAGGAGCGAACAUCACCAUCGAGAAAUGCGAGCUCUCCAUGUCAACACUUGCUGCGACGACGAAAGCUGAAACAAAACUACCGGGAUCCACAGGAGCAAAAUCAACGUAACUGUGACUUUGAUUAUCUGGAGAACGAGGAAGAUGAUUGCCAUGACCUGCUGAUCUCACCCGAUUUUCGGACUCUGGAUCAUGAAGAUGGCAGGUCUUCCUGUACCUCCUCUACAACACCCAAGAAUUUUGAGCAGCUAACAGACGAUGAAGACGAAGAAGAGGAGGAGGAUGACGAUCACAAGGCCGUGAGUGACGACGAAAUUGGUGUGAGAGCCUUACUUCCUUCUUCAGCUCGCCUCACGCGUCCACCUGCCGAUGCGACGGCGCUUUUGUGCGAUGAAAAUGGAGAGGAGGAUAGUGAUAAUUCCUUUGCUUCUUCCCCCUCAUCCACCUCUUCCAGUUCUCAGGGAUCUUCCUCCUCACCGCCAUCGUCAGUGCCGACAACGGCUUCCUUUUACGUGGCCGUAAAUACUCGCUCUGCAUGUAUUGCGUCUGAGGUCUAUCUACUUGAUCUGGCUCGAAGGUGUGCAGGAACAAUGUUCUCUCAGAAUGCCGAAGCUCUUGAUCCGGUAGAGAUUCUGAGUGAAUUCACCCAUCGGAGUAUUGAAGACAUCCUCUCCCUCUCUCUCGGUCGUCGACGUCGACUACUAGCUAGUUUAGUACGCGCGGCCAAGUCGACCAACUACACACUGCUACGACUGAACAACGAGUUGGCGGGCGAGUUGCAGGAGCUCUGCGAUCAGCACAUUAGUUUGAGUGCGCAGCUUUGUAUCACCCAUGAGAUUGGGAAAUGUCGACUUCAAUCCUUUUUUGCUGCCCCCGUCUGUGCCUUGCGUCUACCGCUCCACGUGUAUUGGGGUUUACCUGAUGAGGUGAUUUUAUCGAGUGGAAAUCUGGAUCAAGGGUUUGGGGGAUCUGCGGUUAUGCUGUUUGGCGGCUGA